CUGUGUUACAGAUACAGGAGCUGCACAGUGUUGGUUUCAGAUAUUAAAUGAACAGCAUUCUAAUAUGCCUUGGAAUAUGAAAUUAGUCAUGAUAUUUUUUGCUCUUGGAGACGUGCUGCUGGUUUCCACAGAGCAACUUCAUACAGCAAUAAUUAAAAUUGGCAAAACGACUGCAGUGGAAGGGGAGACCAUUGAAUUCAGAUGUGUGACAUCAGCUGUGCACAGAGAACAACCAGACAACAAGGGGAGGAAUUGGUUCCAUUUUUAUAAAAACAGAGAGAAGAUCAGCUCACUGAGGGAGCCUGGAGGAAGGGGAGCUGUCACAUUUACAAAACAAGACAUCACAAAGAAUGACACUGGAAACUAUACCUGCAUGUAUGGGAAUGAGAAUCCAGGAGAUGUGAAAAACAUCAGCCAUGGCUCUUCAGUUUAUCUCAAUGUAGAAGGUAUGCUCACACUUCAACUACCCAAAGAAAUUGCAAUGGAAGGAAUGGACGUAUCAUUUAGAUGUAUGAUACCAGCUGAACUCAGAGAUGCAGCAGGAAAAGAAGACUUUUUCCACCUGUAUAGACGUGUCGAUUCACAAGCCGUUCCCAAAGAUGUACCAGGUGUCACGUUUUCCAUUAAAGAAGUUAAGAAGAGUGACACUGGAAACUACACCUGUGUGUAUGGAAAAGAGAAGCUUGUGAACUCAGCAAACAGCAAACACAGUCACCCAGUCUACCUUCAUGUGACAGGAGAAAUGACAACUCCAACCACAUCUAUCAGGACCCAACACACAGAUGAGACAGGAGAAAUGACAACUCCAAACAAGACCCAACACACAGAUGGGACAGAGUCGUACGGGCUGGGGAAUGACAUCAGAAUCUUCCUAUCCCUGGGGAUCCUUCUUGUGCUCUCAGUUAUUGUGGGGGAAGACUGCAGUAGCAGACAGAGGAAGGACCGUGGGAAUGUUUUUGCACUUGGAGACGUGCUGUUGGUUUCCACAGAGCCACUUCGUACAGCAAUGAUUAAAAUUCGCAAACCGACUGUAGUGGAAGGGGAGACCAUUGAAUUCACAUGUGUGAUAUCAGCUGUGCACGGAGAACAACCAGACAACAAGGAGAGGAAUUGGUUCCAUUUAUAUAAAAACAGAGAGAAGAUCAGCUCACUGCCGGAGCCUGGAGGAAUGGGAGCUGUCACAUUUACAAAACAAGACAUCACAAAGAAUGAUGCUGGAAACUAUACCUGCAUGUAUGGGAAUGAGAAUCCAGGAGAUGUGAAAAACAUCAGCCAUGGCUCUUCAGUUUAUCUCAGUGUAAGAGAGUUAAGCUAUCAGCUCACACUUCAGCUAGACAAACACAACCCAAUAGAAGGAAUGGAUGUAUCAUUUAAAUGUAUGAUACCAGCUGAGCUCAGAGAAGCAGCAGGAAAAGAAAGAUAUUUCCAUCUAUAUAAAGAUGGAAGCCGUGUCGAUUCACAAGCCGAUCCCAAAGAGGUACCAGGUGUCACGUUUUCCAUUGAAAAUGUUAAGAGGAGUGAUACUGGAAACUACACCUGUUUGUAUGGAAAAGAGAAGCUGGUGAACUCAGCAAACAGCAAACGCAGUCGCCCAGUCUACCUUCGUGUGACAGAAUAUAUGACAACUCCAUCCCAACAGAAACUGACAGGCAAGCGCAAUGGGAGAGAAGGCUGGGAGGAGGUAGACUAUCUCUCCCUCUCUGAGGUGAGGCCAGAGCAGUCAGACCUCCGGCUGGGGAACGACCUUCGUUUACCCCAGAGUGGGAGAGAAUGGGUGAAAUAA